UAGUUUUUGAAAUGCAGUUUGACAUUCGAGCUCCAGCACGUGGAUUUGGUCGCGCGCACGUUCACUCGUUCAGUUUAUAGGACUUCAGAGAAAAAGGUAAAAGGCCACCGUCUCAGACAUCCUGGUUUAUCUUCAGCAUGUGUUAAGGAGCAGUGACUACUCUUUCAGACUACAUAAAAAGUGGAGAUGUUAUUCAGCUCCAGGACUUUAUUCAAUUGUGUCUGGUUACAGAUACAUCUGACAUGUGCCCUAAAUACAUGUCCUACAGUGCCACAAAUACCUUUGAAUUUUUCUGUUACCUAUUCAGUCCCUUUUUUCCAAACUACAAAAGCCAUACAGAACAUAGUAGUUUAUAAAUAUUUUGACGAGGUCUACGUGGCCUCUCAAAAUGUGAUUGAAGCUUUGGACAGUCAGCUCACCAAACUAUGGGAAUUACAAACUGGACCUGUUGGCAGUCCAGAGUGUCAGACCUGUCACUGUGAUGUUGAGAGUGUUACAGGGACAUCACUGGAUACAAAUAACCAGGUUCUUGUUCUAGAGCCUCAGGACCAUCUUGACUUCCUCUACAUCUGUGGGAGCACCCAAUAUGGAAUCUGUACUGUCCUUGAAUUAAACAAAGGUGAAAGACUCUUUAACCCUGAGUGCUUUUUUAAUAAAAAUGCCAAUUCGCCUUCAGAUUGUCCUGAUUGUGUCGCUAGUCCUCUCGGCACAAUGGUUAAUGCAGUCAAAGAUGGCUUUUCAACUUACUUUUUUACCGCAGCUACCAUCAAUAGCACCAUUGCUGGGUCUUAUGGCAAGCAAUCCCUCUCAAUUCGCCGCCUACUCGCCACAGAGAACGGUUUCGACAGCCAAGUGAAGGGCUUGACAGUUCUUCCUAAAUUCCAGGAUACAUUUACCAUUGACUACAUCUAUACCUUCUCCACAGUAGAAUAUGUGUAUUUCUUAUCUGUUCAGUGGGAGAACCCACUGAAACCAGACUCCAAGUUGCAGACCCAUCUUGGGCGGCUGCCGAUCAAGGAUAGUGAGCCUUGGAUGUACAGGGAGAUAGUUCUGGAGUGCCGCUUUGAACCCAAACGAAGGAGAAGGAGCUUCCGGGAUGUUGUGUACAACUCAGUUCAAGCUGCCCACUUCAGCACAGCAGGCAAGGAGCUGGCGGAUGAACUAGGGGUGAAAAUGGAAAGCCUGAUCCUGUAUGGGGUGUUUGCUAAAACAGAUAAUGAGGGCAAACCUACCAGACAGUCUGCCUUGUGCGCUUUUCCAAUAGACUAUGUGAAUAAUGCCAUUGAAAAGGGGGUUGAGUCCUGCUGUUCAAAAGGGACAGAGCGGCUCUCACGAGGACUGUGCCAUUUCCAACCCUGUGAAAUGUGCCCUCAUGAGAAUCCAGAGAGUUUGACAUGCCAAGCGCUCCCCACCAUGGUGUCAAAGCCUUACUACAGAGUGGACUUCUUCAAUGGGGAGAUGAAAGAUGUGCUCUUCACUUCCAUUCUGGUCACAACCAUUGACAUGAAGACUGUGGCGCACAUCGGCACAGAUCAUGGAAGGCUCAUGCAGGUCAUUUUAAGCAGAUCAAUCCCUGUAGUGUUUGCCAACUACUCUCUUGUGGAAGACAAGCAGAAAGUGUCACGCACAGCUGCCAUUAAUUCUUCUGAGUCUCUGCUCUUUGUCAUUGGAAACAAGCUAGUGAAGGUGUCUCCCAGAGGUCCAGGCUGUGCCCAUUUCCUCAACUGUUCUGUGUGCCUAGCGGCCCCCAAAUUUAUGGGAUGUGGCUGGUGUGGUGGAGUCUGUUCCCAAGAGCUUCAGUGUGAGAAACAGUGGAGUAACAACUCCUGCCCUCCUGUUAUCACCCAGUUUUUCCCCAGUACAGUCCCCUCAAAUGGCAAGAGUGAACUCACACUGUGUGGCUGGGACUUCCAAUCAGCCUCUAGACCUGCUAUCACCCAGACAUCUCACCUGGUUAGAGUGGGAAACAACACCUGCACUUUUAUACCAGAGAAGAGCCAUAGCUCUCGGCUGGUGUGUCGCAUUGAAAGUAAUGGGACAGAACUGAAUCAGAGUGUAGAUGUAACAAUACAAGUGGAUGAAAGGAGAGUGGACAGUGGAUACUCCAUCUCUGGAGAGGCCUGCGUGCAUGGCUUAAGCUUUGUGACCCCAGAAAUCACAGAUAUCAGUCCAGACUAUGGACCUCAGAUUGGGGGAACCCUGAUCACCCUAUCUGGAAAACAUCUGGAUGCUGGCAGUAGCAGAACAGUCAACCUUGGAGACAGAAUAUGCCCUGUUGAAAGCGUCUCCAGCAACGGGACUUCUGUAGUUUGCAGGUCUGAAGGUGUGGAGGAGAUUACAAAAGUAGAUGUGAAAGUUGUAAUUGAUGAAUCAACUAUUUCUGCCACAAAAAUGUUUAGCUACAGGGUGAAUCCUCAGGUGAUGGGGGUGAAACCCAAUUGUGCUUUUAGAAGAGGAUCAAAAAUUACUAUCAUAGGUCAGAAUCUGGACUCUGUUUCCCAGGCCAUCAUUAACUACAUAGGCAACAGCACAAGACCUGUGCAAACCGUGUGUGCUGGUCAGGGGAAUCCCUCACAGAUGGAGUGUACAAGUCCAGUAUGUGAUGAGUCACAUGGAAUUCUCUCAGUGCAUCUGGAUGGCACAAAAGAACUCCUGCCUGAAAUUUUCACCUGUCAUGCUAAUGCAGAGCCCAUCCCAUUUGAAACGGAAGGCCAUGUGCUUGAACUCAGCCAAGGACAGGACAAAAUUUCAGUACAUCACAAAAAACUGGGCCUGGUGUUUGGUUGCAUGGAUAUCAUCAUGACAAUUAAUGGUGCGGAUUGCAAGACUACAGUUCUAGACAAUGAGAUCACCUGCAGGAUCCCCAAAAAUCUGACCAUACCCAGCAAGGGGGCGCCAGUCAAGGUGUCAGUGAAUGGGGAAGUUUAUGACAUUGGCUUGGUGGUAAUUGCAAACAAUAAUACCAAUGUGGGAAUUGUGCUGGGAAUCGUAGCUGCAGUUGGCUUGGGGGCAGCUCUGGCCUACUUAGCCAUGGCACAAGAGCGUAAGAGGAAGAAAGCUACCCUUGCUGAAGUUCGGCUAUCCAUGCAUUCAACUCGCACUGCAGUGGAGAAUUAUGACCGAUCACCUGAAGGUGACUACAGAAGAGGUAUAUCAUUUUCUCCGUUCCAAGGAUCAAGCACAACAUUCUCCAGUUUGCCGUAUACUGGGUCUGUGGACUCUGCAGCAGUUCCUCUGAUGCCCACUCAGACAUUCUCAAUGUCCGCCCUCCGGCCAAACUUGUUGGAGGAGGUGAAGGAUGUUUUGAUCCCACCUAAGAAGCUCAAAAUUCAGCAGGAUCAGAUCAUUGGCAAAGGUCAUUUUGGCACAGUGUAUCAUGGCUACCAUAUUGAUAGUGAAGACAAAGAGAUCCACUGUGCUGUCAAGUCAUUGAACAGGAUCACUGAUCUGGAGGAGGUGGAGCAGUUUUUGAGAGAAGGGAUCCUUAUGAAGGCCUUCCACCACCCUCAUGUUUUAUCUCUUCUGGGCAUUCUUCUUCCAAAUGAUGGACUUCCCUUGGUGGUCCUGCCUUACAUGAAGCAUGGAGACCUCAGACAUUUCAUCCGCUCUGAGCAGAGGAAUCCCACAGUUAAAGACCUGAUUGGCUUUGGUCUUCAAGUUGCCAAAGGAAUGGAAUAUCUCGCAAACAAGAAGUUUGUACACAGAGACCUUGCCGCACGUAACUGCAUGCUGGAUGAGUCAUUCACAGUGAAGGUGGCUGAUUUUGGCAUGGCACGUGAUGUUUAUGAUAAGGAAUACUAUAGCAUCCAAGAUAAUAAGAGAGCAAAGCUGCCAGUCAAAUGGAUGGCAUUAGAAAGCCUGCAGACUCAAAAAUUCACUACCAAAUCAGAUGUGUGGUCUUUUGGAGUACUGAUGUGGGAGAUGAUGACUAGAGGGGCCAAUCCGUAUCCUGAUGUGGACCCUUAUGACAUUACUUGCUAUCUGAUACAAGGCCGUCGACUGCCCCAGCCACAAUACUGUUUAGAUUCCUUGUGGUCCAUCCUGGUGCAGUGUUGGCAUCCAGAGCCUGAGAGGAGACCAGGGUUCUCCACACUCGUGCAAGCCAUUCAACAGAUCCUCUCCAGCCUGGAAGGAGAGCACUAUAUCAACCUCCAGAUCACAUAUGUAAAUCUGGAUCAGCCCCGUCCCUACCCCUCUCUCUCUCCGGCCCCACCUGCAGCCUCAGAGCUGUCAGACCACUCCUCCACCACCUGACGCUGGGAUCUUUAGUCUUCCACUGUAGAGUGAACUGAGUGUAGCUGCCUUCAUCGCAUGAAUUCAAAGUCUUAUAUAUGGUCUUGUGAACUGUGAGAACCAAAGGCCAUGCACUAAAGAUGAUCUACUGUAUCCAGAGGAACCCACUGUGUAUUAAACAGAAGACAAUGUCAGUUAUUUGUGCGUUUGAAAUGGUCAUGCUUUUGUGAACCUUGCAUGCAAGGAGUCACACAGCCAAAUUGGUCACACUCUUUGGGAUUUUAAUUUUUGGGCAAGUGCACUUUUUCAGUGAAUGCAAGGCUUGUGUUGUGUUGGAUGCCAAUGUCUUAUUUAAUACUUUAAUACUAAAAAAAAAAAAAAAAAAAACAGAAUUGUGUCACACUGGAUAACAACUAAACAUAUGUUGUAAAUUGUUUUUUUUGUUUUUUUUUGUCUGAGAUGACUUUCAGUUUCACUUUUACUUUUUAUGAUACAAGACACUAUUUCACACACAAAACUUUUUUAUUUUAUUUUAUUAUUUUUUAUUUUUUUUUUUGCUUUCUGUAAAGAUGACAGUGAUAAAUAAGAUUACUUGAAAUAUGGUUUUAUAUGUUUUUUUCAACUUUUGAAUUUUUUUGUGAAAUUUUGUCUAAAUAAAUUUAGAUAAAUUGCUCACACAGCAAGAUGUGGAUAGUUGACAUGAAAUUCCAAGCAGUCCAUGCCAGACUGUUUUUAAAACAAUUACCUUUUACCUAAUAACAUUACAUAACCUUAAACAACUUUUUUUUUCUAAUUCUUGUUUAAUUAAACAUGCUGUGUUGAUGACCUUAUAAUAAUUGAGAGAUUGCAUGGAUAUUUGUGCUUAUACAAAAUUCAUUUGUUUUCCUAGAUGACUAUUUACUGUAGAUUAAAAAAAAGCUAAAAGGCAAUUAAAACGGUGUCCAGUCACAACUCCUAAAAUCCACACCUUCUCUUCUACAAAUAUCUUGUGCAUUUUGGUCCAUUUUAACCUAAAAUCUUAUGUCCAUAUUAGUUGUAGCCUAUAUCUAACUUUAUACAAUAGUAAUUCCCAUAUAAAGGUUUAUGUGUUAUAAUGGACAUUACUUCAUGAGACAGAGGCAUAAAUUAUUUCUACGAUGUAAUUCAAGGAAUGUAUUGUCAGUUUUACCAUGUCACCAGAGGUCAGUGUACACCUACUGUCAGCAAUUGUCUUUACCCUCAAAGGAUCAGUAGUUUUUUAUAAAGAUUUGCCUUCUAAAGGACUGCAUUGAGUCAUCAAAAUCACAUGUAGAUGGAAUACAACACCUUUAA